UCCACAAACCUACCACUCCAAAGCUUUGCUUUGCGCCCAAGACAAUCUAGGAGAGGAGCUUGAGCUACUUUGUCAGGUUGUAAUUAGGACAAGGUCCUAAAGCUUUCAUUUUUGUCCCUAUUUUUUUUCGGGGGAUAAACAGGAUAUUACUAUUCGCACUGGUAGUUUGCGAAAUUUCCUCCACGUCAAAUUCAAGUGCCGGGACAACUGGGAAAAAUGGAGGCGGAACUCCAAGCUAAGAUCCCCGGUCUCGACCGUGUGGUUUCUGAAUAUUCAGUGGGCUAUUUGACUCAUGCCUCCAAGGCUUAUGUUGAAGAUGCAAAUGCCCCAUCGCCGCUGGCAGAAGCCGCUGACAUGGUGACGGAAUUGCUCGUCUCUGCCUCUGGGGACUUCUCAGCCAAGAACGAAGAGGCUAUCCGAAAACUUGUCGAGAAGUUCAUCUCAACGCUGAGUGCUUCUGAUGUUGUUGAUAUGGAGCGCCGACAAAUGCCCGGCGCUGCAAAGAAGCUCGACCAGGCCAUCCAUGUUGGUUCUCAGCGCAACAUGUCCUCAACCCUGGGCUUGGCGGGUGGAAACGUUGAUCUGGAAUCUGCCAACACCAGGAAGGUUGAGUCCCGCGUGGACCGCAAGAAGCUGGAGAAGGCGGAGCGGAAGAUUCGCGCCAAGCAGGAGAAGAAACAAAUGAAGACUGUGAAUUAUGAGGCUUCCCGUCUCCUCAACGAGUCUGAUGCCACUAUGUCCUACGAAGAGUUCUACAUGGCUGUCAAUCCUCUGCAAUUGGGCUCGGACUCUCAGUCGAAGAGUAAGGAUAUCAAAAUUGAUAGCAUUGAUAUCUCCGUUAGCGGCCACCGUAUCUUGACCGAUGCUGCUCUUACUCUUGCCUAUGGUCGUCGCUACGGUCUCGUGGGUCAGAACGGUAUUGGUAAGAGUACGCUGCUUCGUGCUUUGAGUCGCAGAGAAGUCGCAAUUCCUAGUCAUAUUUCGAUUCUCCACGUUGAGCAGGAGAUUAUGGGUGAUGAUACUCCCGCCCUUCAGGCUGUGUUGGACGCCGAUGUGUGGCGCAAGCGUCUUCUUGCAGAGCAAGAGAAAAUUUCCAAGCAGUUAGCAGCUAUUGAAGCAGAGAGAUCCUCAAUGGCAGACACCUCCAAGGACGCCGCUAGGCUAGAUCACGAGCGGGAGGGUCUCGAUAUUACCUUGAACGAUAUUCACGCGAAGCUAGCAGAGAUGGAAUCCGACAAAGCCGAGUCUCGAGCAGCCAGUAUCCUGGCUGGUCUGGGUUUCUCUGCGGAGAGGCAACAAUAUGCCACGAAGACGUUCUCUGGUGGUUGGCGUAUGCGUUUGGCCUUGGCCCGAGCUCUUUUCUGCGAGCCUGAUUUACUUCUUCUCGACGAACCUUCCAACAUGUUGGACGUGCCGUCUAUCACUUUCUUGGCAAACUAUUUACAAGGAUACCCCAGCACAGUUCUCGUGGUCUCUCACGACAGAGCGUUCUUGAACGAGGUUGCAACUGAUAUUGUUCAUCAGCACUCUGAGCGCCUAGACUACUACAAGGGAGCCAACUUCGAGUCCUUCUAUGCAACCAAGGAGGAGCGGAAGAAACAAGCUAAGCGUGAAUACGAGAAACAAAUGGCAGAAAGGGCACACCUUCAAGCGUUCAUUGAUAAAUUCCGUUACAAUGCUGCCAAGUCAUCCGAAGCGCAAUCAAGAAUCAAGAAGCUGGAGAGGAUGCCUGUAUUGGAAGCCCCAGAGAGCGACUAUGUCGUGCACUUCAAAUUCCCAGACGUCGAGAAACUUUCUCCCCCAAUCGUGCAAAUGACGGACAUUUGCUUCGGCUAUACUCCAGAAAGGCCUCUUCUGAAGAAUGUUGACCUUGAUGUUCAGCUUGACUCCCGUAUCGGUAUCGUCGGACCUAACGGUGCUGGUAAGACAACUGUACUGAAGUUGUUGACUGGCCAACUCGAGCCUACCUCCGGUCUUCUCUCGCAGCAUGCUAGACUACGCAUUGGAUACUUUGCCCAGCACCACGUCGAUGCUCUGGAUCUGACCACCAGCGCUGUGAGCUUCAUGGCGAAGACUUACCCUGGAAAGACAGAUGAAGAAUACCGUCGACACCUAGGAGCAUUCGGUAUCACCGGCAUGACUGGUCUCCAACGCAUGGAGCUACUUUCCGGAGGUCAAAAGUCUCGUGUCGCUUUUGCCUGUCUGUCAUUGACAAACCCUCACAUUCUUGUUCUCGACGAACCUUCUAACCACCUGGAUAUCGAGGGUAUGGAUGCGCUCUCGGACGCGUUGCAGAGGUUCGAAGGCGGUGUUGUGAUGGUCUCCCACGACGUGACGAUGCUGCAGAAUGUCUGCACUAGUCUGUGGGUUUGCGACAAGGGAACGGUCCAGAAAUUCGAUGGUACUGUUAACGCCUACAAGAAGAAGAUUACCGCACAGGCGAACGAGGCUGGUGUCGCAGCUGCUCAUUAAAGCGAAUUACCUAGAAUGUUACAAGUCUAGUUUAGAUGAAGCUUACAAUCAAUCAAUCAAUAACCUCAU